AUGGUUGUCCAUAAUCCUAACAAUUGGCAUUGGGUUGACAAGAAUUGCUUCAACUGGGCUCGUGAAUAUUUCAAUGAAAAAUUGACCGGUUUGAAUACUGGGGAGCAUGAUGGCAAAUAUGCUGAAGUCAGCUCACUUUCGUCUCUUGAAGGUGACUGUGAAGUCAACCAACGUAAAGGGAAAGUUAUCUCUUUGUUCGACUUGAAUUUGGUGAUGUUGAUCAAGGGAAAUGUGAAGGAUGAACCAUUCGAGGGAAGUAUACAGGUGCCUGAAGUUGCGUUCGAUAGUGACGAGUCAGAUUAUCAAUUUGAUAUAUCCAUUUACAAGGAAACAAGUACUCUGAAUGAGAUUAAACCAGUGAUUCGUGAAAGAUUGUUACCUCAAUUGAGAGAACUAUUCCAAAAAUUUGGUCAUGAUCUCCUUGUUGCGCAUGGUAGUGAUAUCCAAGUCUCUAAGGAAAGCGUGAACUCAACUUUUACAAAGGCUAAUCAGCAAGAUAGUUUUAACAAGUCGAUUGGAACGAAGGAACCUGCAGGGCAAAAAUCUCCAGCAACGAGCACCCCAACCCCUUCACAGCAGAAGACCAGCAUGGCUUCAAGUGGUGGCAACACAACAUCGAUUCAUCUAGAGCCCACAUUCAAUGUGCCUGCAGCUGAACUAUACAAUACAUUUAUGGACAAACAGCGUAUAAUGGCCUGGAGCAGGUCAUUUGCUAGUAGAAAUGGUGGGAGUGGUCCUCAGUUAUGCGUUGGUGACACCUUUGAGCUAUUUGGUGGGAAUGUUACCAGUGAACUAAUCGAUGCACAGGAAAAUAAAAAAUUGGUAUUCUCUUGGAGAUUGGGCGACUGGCGUGACAAAGUGAAUUCGAAAUUAAGCAUGGAAUUCCACGAAUCGAAGGAAUAUCACGAGACGAAACUGCAAGUCAAUUGGAGCGGCAUACCUGUUGGUGAGGAAGAUCGUGUUCGUGGAAAUUUUGAAGAAUACUACGUCAGAUCCAUCAAGAUCACAUUUGGAUUUGGUGCUGUUCUUUGA